AGGCUGAUUGUUUAUAUACCACCGCGUUAAAUGGAUACCGGUUGUUUCACCGCGGCACAGCGUAUUUCGUGCCACACCAUGAAUGCGGAUUUAUUUAAGCCUGUUCCGGAGCGUGGACCCCAACAGUCCUCUGCCCCGGUGAAAACGAACAGGAAUAAACCCGAACAAACCAAACCAGAGUUGGCCCAGGUCGUGACAGACUCCAAGACUGGAAGAUCCUACAGUAAAGGGAAGCUUUUGGGAAAGGGUGGCUUUGCUCGAUGCUAUGAGAUGACAGACCUCUCCAACAACAAAAUGUACGCUGUGAAGGUGAUUCCACAGAGCAGGGUGUCCAAACCACACCAGAGGGACAAGAUUACAAAUGAGAUCGAGCUUCACAAAACCCUGUCCCACAAGCAUGUGGUGAAAUUCUCUCAUCAUUUUGAGGAUCAAGAUAACAUCUACAUAUUCCUUGAGCUCUGCAGUCGGAAGUCCUUGGCACACAUUUGGAAGGCAAGACACACACUCACAGAGCCAGAAGUACGAUAUUACCUCAGACAGAUCAUAUCCGGCCUCAAGUACCUCCACAGCAGAGGAAUCCUGCACAGAGAUCUCAAACUAGGCAACUUCUUUGUCAACGAGAACAUGGAGCUGCGGCUGGGAGACUUUGGCCUCGCUGCUAAACUGGAAACAGUCGAACAGAGGAAAAAAACAAUCUGUGGGACUCCCAACUACUUGGCCCCUGAGGUGCUCAACAGACAGGGCCACGGCACAGAGUCUGACGUUUGGUCCCUCGGAUGUGUCAUGUACACGCUGAUGUGUGGCAACCCUCCCUUUGAGACUCUUGACCUAAAGGAGACCUACAAGUGUAUAAAGGAAGUUCGGUACAACCUGCCCUCCACGCUUUCCCCCACUGCACAGAAACUCAUCUCAGGCAUCCUGCAGAAAAACCCCAGCGACAGACUGACCCUAGACCAGAUCCUCAACCAUGAAUUCUUCACCAAAGGUUUCACUCCUGACAAACUUCCUCCCAGCAGCUGUGUGAUGGUGCCAGAACUCCAUCCUCCCAGCCCUGCCAAGAAAUUCUUCACUAAAAUGGCCAAGAGCUUCUUUGGCAAGAAGAAGGCAAAAGUGGAGAAGAUUCCAUGUGAGGAGAAAGACGACAAAGACAUUUCCAAGCUGGUGUCGGGCAUCGUUAAGUGUUCCAUCAACCGUCAGAUCAGUUAUAAAACAGUGGGACCCAAUGAGGUGCAAUCUCCCACUGGUCAGCUGGUCAGCUCUGUGCCUUUGGAACAGACUCCGGCUGAGGAAGAAUCCAGGAAGUCCAUCUCACGCUCCUUCAAGGGCACCAUGGCCAGCAGCACUGAGCCAUGUGAAGAUGUCCUGACCCCAGCAGCUGUGGCUGAAUCAGCCAUGAAAAUUCUCAACAACUGUUUGGCUAACAUGCCUACAGCCACUAGAAAUCCACCCUGCUUGUCCAGGCCACAGUCCUUCUUGUGGGUGACUAAAUGGGUCGACUAUUCAAACAAAUAUGGUUUUGGCUACCAGCUCUCGAACCAAAGCAUUGGUGUUCUCUUCAAUGAGGGAACACAUCUCAGUCUCUGUGACCAACGCAAAACUGUCCACUACUGCUUGACCAACAACAAACACUUCACUUUCCCUGCCAACUCAUUACCUGAGCAGCUUCGUAGCCAGAAACAAAUUGUAGAGCUUAUGGCCAACUACAUGGAACAGAACCUUAUGGAGGGUGGAGAUCUUCACUGUGAUGAGCAGGUCUCAGGUUCUCCUCCUCUACUGCUCCAGUGGGUGAAGACUGACCACGCACUUGUCAUGCUCUUUAACAAUGGCACUCUACAGGUUAACUUCUACACUGAUCACACCAAGAUCAUCCUGUGCAAGUCAUCUGAUGACUCAUACCUGCUCACCUACAUCAGCCGGGAACGCGUCUCCUACACUUACCUCCUCAGCAUGCUAAAUGAGAUGGGCUGCACCUCUGAGCUACGACACAGACUCCGAUAUGUGGUCCAGCUGCUCCAACACCAUGCCGAUGCCUAAAAGCACAACUCAGUGCCUCCCAGGCUGCCUGAGUGGCAGAUGCCUUACAGGCAACCUGACUGGUUACCACCUUCUUCUUAGGCAGCCUGACUGGUUGAUAUAAUUUCUCAAGGCAGUGCCACGAGGGGCUGACACCUCUCCAGCUGACGGAUGGAAGGCUGCUCAAGUCUUCUGAGCAAUACUCUUGUCUGAACUGGUGCUUAGGCAGCUGAUUAUCAAAUUGAUUGACCUUGAUAAACAUCAAGCAGUCAGGAAGUUGCCCAAUGCAGCAUCUGCCUCAAGGGUUUGUGCCUGUCCAGCUUUAUGCCUCAAAGGUACCUGGAAGGUAUUGAUACCUAAAAUAAGAGACACCUACCUGGCCUGAAAUGAUGGAUCCUUCACAGGCAGAUGCCUACAUGAACACCCAAACUCCUAAUUACCCUCCCUCACUUAUUCACCACUGCUUCUUGGCUGGAUCUUUUCAAAGCCACCAACCAACCCUGCAGCUUUCAGCUUCCCCUGACAGCCAAUAACCCAGGCAUGGUUUCUCAAAGGUAUCUAUACACUAAAAUUGGUCCUAUCUGCUUGCAACAGAACAAGGAUAAUCUUGCAGCUGGAAUGCUUUUUUUUUAGAUGCGUCUUCCAAAAAAGUAUUUUAGCAGCGGGGUCAUUUGUGUCGUUCAUUUGCACUGGAACGGUGAUAUUACAGCAGAGAUGCUUUGGGAAGAACAGAAGUUUGAUUAGAGAGAGUGCCUCCUACCCUCGGUUGGUUUCUGGCCUCUUUGGACUAUGGUGCACACAUUCAUUUUUUCUUUCUAUUCUUAUUUUGAAAAAAAGAAUAUGAGCCAGCUUUAGGAUCACACUACGAUCUUGACUUCACAUGCACAAAUAACAUUCCUGGCCUUAUUUGAUAAUAGUGAUGCUAAAAUUACAAGAUUCAUUGCUUCUUCUGAUCCAUCACUUGUCGUUUUUUUUUUUUUUUUUUUUUUUUGGAUAGUUAUUAGAAACUAUUUUCACUGAUGUGGUACACAGCAUACUAAAGGGGCUAUGGGAGCAACACAAUUUUGCACAUUUUUUUUCUAAAUUCAUCUCGAAAGCAAACCUUUUACUACCACUUAUGUUUUAUUUGUUUUUAACUACCAAAUACCAAAAGGCAUUUUCUUUGUUGGUUUUUAAAAUGAUUGUUUUAAAUUCACAUACAGUAGGUGUGUGUGCUACAUGCUGGUAAACAAAACUGUUGGUUGGAAAAUGAGGGUGGGGAGGGAGGAUAAAAGUGCCUUUUUGAGGGAUGUCUGUAUAGUGCAAUAACAACCCUUGUGUGAAUGUCAAGCUGGAUACAAACAAGAUUUGAGAUGGGUUUUAAUGGUUGGAUUUACUUUUGUACUUUGAGCCAAGUUUAAAAGCAAGUCCAAUAGCACUACACUCUCACUACCUGGUAUAAGCUUUUAGAACAACUGGUAUCAUAAAUGUAUAUUCCAGUAAUAUCUACUAUUGAAAAAAGAAAACCUUGUACUCUGUUGUACUGUACUGUAAUCCUUAUCGGUUUACAUUGCUUUCUCGACCCAGAGUUGUAUCCUAAAAACUGUGACCUGGAAUGCAAGUAUUAUGUACAAGUUGUCUUCAAAAAACCCAACAUUGUGAAAGCCAUCUGCCAAUUCAGAAGAAUCCUUAUUUUUUGGCACAUAAUGUCCUGUUUAUUUAUUUUUUUAUUUAUACAUGUUUUUUUAUUUAUUAUUGUGCAAAUGUUACGUCUUGACACAAUCAAUUCCGAUCACCUUUUGUAUGUAAUGUA